AGAAAAAAAAAAAAAAAAGAAAGAAAGAAAUACCUGAAUGCUAAUUCUAAUUUGAAAUAAGCAGAGCUAUCUAGCAGCAUAAUAUUUUUAUGAAACAGUGUAGCUGAAGGAUGCUAAUGCCUCUAUAACCUGUACAUUCAUUGUGUUCAUUAAUUUAUUAAUUCAGCGUACUUUGUAUUCUGCACCUCAUUUAUUACAUUCUCUGUCAUAUUUACUGUGACUCCUGGGGAAGGGUUAUGAUAAAGUCAGAGGCAAUGAAGAUGGGUGCUCAUCUAACAGGUGUUCCACUCCCUUUGUUCUUUGUAUACACAUAUUCAAAUCACACAGGGCUGGGGACAGGAUAGGGCCUGUUAACUCAUUGCUGAUUUUCCUUGCAAAUAACUAGCAGCUGCUGGUCCAAGCUCUGAGUUAGCACUGAGAAGAAGGUGGUGUUUGUAUGGGGCAGGAUGCUUUCAUGGAGCCCUUUAGCCAACUUAUUUUGUGACUUACAGUGCAAAGUAUAUUUUCUGCUUGUAGGUAUUUGUUCUGCCUUGAAGCUGACAGUACCAUCUCAUACAAUCCAUGGUAUUGAGGGGCAACCUCUCCAGCUUACUGUUGACUACAAUUUCAACACUACAGCUUGUGAAAUCCAAAUAAUUUGGCUGUUUGAGAGGCCUCAAAGUAAUCCAAAAUACUUGCUUGGCUCUGUAAACCAGACAGUAGUACCAGACUUGGAAUAUCAGCACAAGUUUACCCUCAUGCCACCUAAUGCUUUGAUGAUCAAUCCGUUACGUAUCAGUGAUGAGGGCAACUAUAUUGUAAAAGUCAAUGUCCGUGGAAAUGUAACAAUAGCUGCCAGUGAAAAGAUUCAAGUAGCUGUUGAUGUUCCUGUCACGCAACCAAUUGUACAGACUGAGCUCUCUGGGGUAGUGGAGUACGUGGGGAAUAUCACAUUAAAAUGUACCGUGGGAAAAGGCACAAGGGUAGUUUACCAGUGGAUGAAAAAUGGCAAGCUUCUCCAUGCUGGCCCUAACUACUUUUCAUCAAACAAUGCUACACUUCUAAUUGUUCCUGUUGUAAAAGAGGACAUUGGGAAUUACAGCUGUUUGGUAUCCAACCCUGUCAGUGCAAUGGAAAGUGAGCAAAUUGCACCAACCAUAUUUUAUGGACCUUAUGGACUCAGAGUUAAGUCAGACAAAGGUCUGAAUGUAGGGGCAGUGUUCACAGUUGACGUAGGGGAAGCUAUACUGUUUGACUGCUCAGCAGACUCAAAUCCACCAAAUACUUACUCAUGGAUUCAAAGGGAUGACAACACUACUCAGGAUCAAUACGGACCCCACCUGGAAGUGGUAUCUGAUAAAGUGUCCCAGAAGACAAUAGAUUAUAUGUGCCGUGCUUUCAACAACGUGACUGGAAAACGAGAUGAAACUCACUUCACAGUGAUCAUUACUUCUGCAGGAUUGGAAAAGCUGGCCCACAAAGGAAAAUCUUUGUCAUCUCUUGCAGUAAUAACUGGAAUUUCAUUAUUUUUGAUCCUAAUUAUGGUCUUUCUGUUCAUAUGGAAAAGGUAUCAGCCACAUAAAGUGAUACGACAGAAGCUGCAGAGCAGGCCAGAGGCUGAUUACAGAAAGGCACAGACAUUUUCAGGACAUGAAAGUGCGUUGGAUGAUUUUGGGAUCUAUGAAUUUGUUGCUAUUCCUGAUCAUGCCAGUGGUUCUAGGGUUUCAAGUCACUCUGUUCCUGGCUCUGCCACUGUCCCAGGCCAGGAUAUGCUUAGUACAGUUUAUGAAGUUAUUCAGCAUAUUCCCGAGCAGCAGCAGCAGCAGCAGCAUGACCAUCAACAUGAAAGGAAUAAGGAAGCAAAAAGAUGUGAGCUACAUCAGUUCUUCCACUGUUUCCUAUACAAUCCUGUACAAUUCCUAUACAAUUUCCACUUUACCUCCAGACUCCAACCUUCCAUUUCAUCAUGCCACGUUUGUCUAAGCGUGAAAAACAAAAGCUAAGACCUUUAAACACAAUUUCAAGGGGAAAUUCCAAAGUGCUUUAAGAGGGUAGCUACAGUUUGACAGCACUGAGAUCUCAGCACUUCCCACUGAGCAGGUUACAUCUUUAAUCAAAGCAGUUUAAUUGGCAGCCCGGCUUCCAGAUCGGCCAGCCAUGUGCCAAGAAGAGUUAGGGGUUUUUUGCACUGUUGAAACUGCCCAGCUGAUCAAUGACCAAGGGUUGUUUGCAAUGGUCACUGAAGUAUUGACAGGCAAUGCUCCAUUAUCUGAGUAAUUGAUGUCUUAACUAAUUAAC